AUGGCAGGCUCAAAGCCACUUGGUAAAAUUGCCAUUGUUGGUGGUGGCAUCAGCGGUGUCACCCUUGCAAUCGCUCUUCUCGAACGUGGACUCGAUAUCAAUGUUUACGAACAAGCUGCCCACUUUGGCGAGAUUGGAGCGGGUGUGGCAUUCAAUCCCGCCGCUGCUAGAGCAAUGAAGAUCUGUUCUCAAAACAUCUACGCGGCAUUCGAGAAAGUGGUGACCAAGAACCAGAGCGAAGACAAGCAAUCAGUAUGGUUUGACUGGGUGGACGGCUAUCACGAUACCGAAGUUGGAAAGGAGGAGUAUGCUUUCAGCAUCGGCAACGAAGCUGGAGCCAACGCUGUGCACCGAGCACAUUUCCUGGACGAACUGGUCAAACAUGUGCCUGAAGGAGUCACACAUUUCGGAAAGCAUCUGGACACUAUCGACGAGCUUCAAGAUGGAAAGUUGAAGCUGAAGUUCCACGACGGAACUGAUGCCACAGCAGAUGCAGUCAUCGGAUGUGAUGGCAUCAAGUCCAAGGUGCGAGCUUGGAUGAUGGGUCCCGACAGCCCAUGCACUCCUCCAGUCUAUACGCACAAGUACGCCUAUCGCGGCUUGAUCCCGAUGGACAGAGCGAGGAAGGAACUCGGUGAUGAUCUAGCACAAAAUGCAAAAAUGCACAUGGGUCAGGAUGGCCAUGUUCUGACUUUCCCGGUCAACAAAGGAGCUACUAUGAAUGUGGUUGCUUUCAAGGUCGACCCUGGCGAAUGGCCGUCGAACACCAAGCUCACCUUACCAUCAGAGAAAUCGCAUGCCUUCAGAGACUUCAAGGAUUUCGGCGCCACAAUCCACAAGAUCAUAGAAAUGCUAGAGCCUAACCUUGACUGCUGGGCCAUCUAUGACCUUGGUGACAAUCCGAUGCCGUAUUACAACAAAGGUCGCGUCGUGGUUCUCGGUGACGCUGGCCAUGCCACCUCUCCUCAUCAUGGUGCUGGUGCCGGUAUGUGCAUCGAAGAUGCGGCAGUCAUGGCAGAACUCUUGAUAGAUCCUAGAGUCGCCGAAGCUGGCCACAAAGGUUUCGAUGCCGCCUUCCAAGCUUACAAUGAGCAACGACUGGAGAGGACACAAUGGCUUGUCCAAAGCUCGCGACGUACAGCUGAUCUUUACGAGUGGAGAGCAGAAGGCGUUGGUAAAGAUUUCAAGAAGAUUGAAGCAGAGUGUCGCGAGCGAGACGAGUAUUUGUGGAACGGCCAGGUCAAGGAAUAUAUCGAGGAGGCAAAAACAUUGUUGGGCAAAUACCUUAAACAGUAG